ACUGCCACCCCCCUGCGAGUGUUAGAAUCAGACGUACUAUCUUGGAUCUUGCAGGUGUGGUUAACAGGGAAGGUUUGAGAUCCUGGUUAUCCCUCCACUCCGUGCAUCGUUUGUGAGGAAACAAUGGGCGGACGGGCUCGGGCGAUCUCCGAUUCUCUGUCUGCUCUGUGCCGCAGUGGGUUCCAGAUCACGGGAGCUACUGAGUCACCCAUGCUGUCUUCCACAGCUGUGAUGAUCUGAAUCGGGGUUUCCCAGUGAACCGAACUGUCUUGCCAAACGGCUGCUGCUGAAUCAAACAGUCUGCUACCAUCAGCUAAUCUCAAACGAUAUCUCAGUCUGGGAGCUCUUUGGCUCAUUUUGGCGCUCAAAUGGUCUGUCUGUAGGUCGGUGGAUUUUGAAAAACUCCUUUCCAUCCUCGCUUUUUUUUCUCUCGCUCCCUCUUUAUCUACACUGUCUGCCUUUCACAUUCUUCCUUCCGCCGGUACACCUCCAAGUAUAAUCCCUCUCCCUUCUACCCUUUCCUGGUCCCAGCGAUAAUCUAAUUUGGCCCCGCAGCCCCAGGGCCUCCCCUCAUCCCUCGCACAAUGAGCGAACAUCAGCCACUCCCGCAGCAGGACGAGCAGCCGAUUAGGGAGCCGAAGGAGGGCGGAGGUGGCUCGGCCAGCAACAGCACUAUAAUGCCAAUCGGGGGCGCUAUCGGGGGAGGAUCGCUGCCAAUCACUCCAAAAAGACACCAAGAAGAAGAGUUAGACGCCGGCGAGAAGGAGAGGCUGAUUUCGGUGAAAGCCGAGGACGAGAAAGGCUGUAGUCCGGGGACGCGGGACAGCCAGCUCCCCGAACACGAAAGCUACCCAAUUGUGAGAGUCUCUUGCUCCAAUGAUGCCGAGUCUGUGUGCAGCAGCAACAGCAGCUUUCGCAAUGGGGGCAUCACUCCCACCUGCAGAAUCUGCUUCCAAGGCUCAGAACAGGGCGAAUUGCUGAGUCCUUGUCGAUGUGAUGGUUCAGUACGUUACUCUCACCAACCAUGCCUUUUGAAGUGGAUUAGUGAAAGAGGGUCAUGGAGCUGUGAGAUUUGCUGCUACAGAUACCAUGUUGUGGCAAUACGAAUGAAAAGACCUUGUCAGUGGGAACCUAUCACAGUGACCUUGGUUGAGAAAGUUCAAAUAAUAGCAGUGAUCCUUGGUUGCCUUUUUCUGAUAGCAAGUGUGACCUGGCUGUUAUGGUCAGCAUUCAGUCCUGCUGCAAUUUGGCAGCGAAGAGACAUCUUAUUUCAGAUCUGCUAUGGAAUGUAUGGCUUUAUGGACCUUGUUUGCAUAGGCCUAAUUGUUCAUGAAGGAGCCGCAAUAUAUCGAGUAUUUAAACGCUGGAGAGCUGUAAACCUACACUGGACUGUUUUAAAUUAUGACAAAUCAAAGGAUUUAGGAAUUAACAGCAGCAAUGCUGAAAGAUCUGCCAAUCAGACCCUUUGGGCCUCUCUGAAUCAAUUCAGAACACGAAGGCCUGUUGGUUCUACUCAGCUAAUGUUUCAAGGAUUUCACUGCAGCUACACAUUGUUACAUUUACUGACACGAUUCAGGCCAAAUGAUGAGGACUAUGAUGACAACAGUUCCACUGAGGUGGUAAUGAGGGUAACAACAGUAUGAACAUGGAUUCCUCACAGUUCUACAAUUAGGCAGUGAUUGUUCCUGGAUUUGUGCUAUAAGAUCAAGGAAGUGUACAGGGCACAUAAAUGUAAUAUGUUUAACAUACUUUCAUAAAAUGCAUUUUUGAUAUAGUGCUUACUUCUUACUGUAAUAUAUAUUUUUUAAAACGUUAGAUGCCAGUGGAUUUUUGUGUGUAGAUCAACGGGAUUUACAGACAUUUUUCAUGGUGUACAGCGAUUAAUGGCUUUCAAAAAUAAAACACAUUGCCAAAAUGCCUUAUGUAAAAUUAAUGUAUUUUAAUCCAUCCUUCAAAACAUGUUAUUUUGAAAAAAUUCCACAAAGUUUCUUUCAAAAUUAUAAUUGAACAAAAAUAAAAACCCAUUAAGUGAGCAGUAAAAAACGUAGUGAAAUUGAAAUGGUUUGUUUCCCAAGCACUAUUAUUUAAAUUUGGUGAAUCUUGUACUUAUUACAUAGAGUCAAUGUUAUUAGCUUUAUUCGCUUUAUUGUCACAUGACUUAAAUGAGUGAAAAGUUUACAAAUCACCAUGUACAGCAUUCUUAAGAACCAAGGUACCUAGUUAUUCAUUCUUAAGUAGUGGAGGAGGUUAGAAAUGUUAGAAAGUGUCCUGCUUUGUCCAGUGCUGUCUUGGCAUCAAAUGUUCCUAUUCCCAGGUAAGGCAGAGAGGAUUAGGGUUAGAUGCAGGAUAAAUCCACUCUAUCUAGACCUAACAAUUUGCCUUAACCCUGAUUUUAGUGCAGUUUGUGACACUUGCAUUUCAUCAAACAUCCUUUAAAUCUUUUUUCAGCAAGAUGAACAAUUUAAUGUGGUGAUUAAAGUGAAAUUAUGAGACAUUGGACAUGGUAAAUUGGAAUCUAGCCAGAGUUGGGAGUGAAACAGUCCCAAGUUAGUUUACACAAUUUUUUUUCUGAGUUGUUAUCUGGGUUAUAUUCAAUCCAGACAUAGGCUAAUCGAUUGUACUGUCCUUAGGAGAAGAGUUUUGUGCAGGUUGCCUGAACCCAGAGUUUGUAUAAAAUCCUGCUGCCAAAUCAGUUAUAAAAACAGUUCUUUUAAUCAGAAGAGCCUAUAAUGAGUAUUAUAUAUAAGCCUGGGUGCCUUAACCAGUAAUAACAACUGUCUCAAAUCCUUGUAGAAUGACAUCAGUUAGUGCAUAUAAAAUGCCUUCUUGCUGUAUGCAAGUGAACGUGACUGGAACAAAAGGUUUGAAAUACUAGGUGUACUUAUUCAUUUGUGUACAGUACAAUGUAACAGUUUAUCCACUCAAUAAAUAAAGAUGACAGCUUGGAUGCUGCAA